AUGAACUCGCUGCCCGCUGACGUCCGGUACUCGGGUCUCACGUGGAACUGCCCGCUGUCCGAGUCCGCGGCGGACGGCCUCCUCGAUAGGCUCAAACUAAGCCCGGCGACAACCAUCGUCGACAUUGGGUGCGGCUGGGGCGAGCUCCUCGUGCGCGCGGCCCAGCGCCGCGGCCCCGUCGCCGCGGCCACCGGCGUCGACACGGACGCGGAGCUACUCACACGCUGCGCCGCCCGCGCCUCCGCUGCCGGCGUCCACGUCGAGCUGGUGAACACGCCCGGCAAUCUGUGGCGCGGCCCCGCGGACCGCGCCAUCUGCGUCGGGUCGUCGCACGUCUUCGGCGGCACGCGGCGGAUGCUCGAGGGCCUGGCGCGCGCCGUCCCGCGCGGCCGGGUGCUGGUCGGCGACACGUGCUGGGAGCGGCCGCCGUCGAGGGCGUGCCUGGACGUGUUCGGGGAGGAACUGCUGCCGCUGGAGCGGAUCGCGGGGCUGUGCAGGGAGACGGGGUGGCGGCUGCUGCACUUCGAGACGGCGACGAGAAGGGACUGGGACGCGUUCGAGAGUGGUCACCGCGCGGGGCCGCGGGAGUGGCUGCUGAGCAAUGCGGGUGAUGACAGGGCGGCAAGCGUGGAGGAGGACUUGGAGAAGAGAGAGGAUGAUUACUUUGGUGUGUACCGAGGGACGUUGGGGUUUGUGUUUAUGAUUCUAGCUAGGUGA